AGACAAAGCAAAACAAAUUUACAUUGGAGCAGCACUAACUGAACAUUAUCAGUUUAUUAAUAAAUUAAGCAUGCCAAAAGUAAAAACAGAGAAGAAAACUCGCAUACACAAUGAGGUGCAGAAGCAAGGCAUUGUUUUUAACAAGGAUUUUGGUCAGCAUAUAUUGAAAAAUCCGCUGGUCAUAACAACUAUGCUGGAGAAAGCGGCGCUGCGAGCGACCGAUGUGGUGCUGGAAAUCGGUCCCGGCACAGGUAACAUGACUGUGCGCAUGCUGGAGCGUGCCAAAAAGGUUAUUGCCUGCGAAAUUGACACACGCCUUGCCGCCGAAUUGCAGAAACGUGUACAGGCGACACCUUUGCAGCCCAAGCUACAGGUGCUUAUCGGUGACUUCUUGAAGGCAGAACUACCAUUCUUCGACCUGUGCAUUGCUAAUGUUCCCUACCAGAUUAGUUCGCCACUGAUCUUCAAGCUAUUGCUGCAUCGCCCACUGUUUCGCUGUGCCGUGCUGAUGUUCCAGCGUGAAUUUGCACAGCGUCUGGUAGCAAAACCGGGUGACAAGCUCUACUGUCGUUUGAGCAUAAAUACACAGCUAUUGGCACGUGUGGAUAUGUUAAUGAAGGUGGGCAAAAACAAUUUCAAACCGCCACCCAAGGUGGAGUCCAGCGUGGUGCGUCUCGAGCCCAAGAAUCCUCCGCCGCCUGUCAACUUCACCGAAUGGGAUGGCCUAACCCGCAUAGCUUUUUUACGAAAAAACAAAACUCUGGCGGCCACAUUCAAAGUGAAUUCUGUGAUUGAAAUGCUCGAAAAGAACUACAAAUUAUAUCGUUCGCUGAGAAAUGAGCAACUUGAGGAAAACUUUAAUAUGCAGGAGAAGGUCAUGGGUAUACUAGAAGAGCAGGGCGUUAGUGGAUCACGAGCGCGAUCUAUGGACAUCGACGAGUUUAUGCGUCUAUUGCUAGCUUUCAAUUCGGCUGGCAUACAUUUCAACUAAAGCAAAGUGCUUUGGACUAUGGUUAAUUAGCUUAAGAGUUCGUUUAAUUAAACUUUGUAUGUUGACAUACACCGUAAUGUUAAUACACAAACGUAAGAUCGUUUUAAAUGCUUAUACUUAAUGGAUUGUAAAUACAACUUGUUCAACAAU